GCUUCACCUCACCACAGCCUCCCUCAAGAAAGCCGUCCUCAGUCCAGCGCUCCAGCCGCCGGCUAGCCGGCGCCAUGGCUCUCGGCAAGCUCGCGGUGGUGGUCGCCCUCCUCGUGUCUCUCCUCUUCCUCACCGCCAUCAAGGCUGCAGACUACGCUCCGGCUCCUCCGCUCGGUCCUCCUCCCCACAAGAUCGUAGACCCCGGCAAAGACUGCCUGGGCGCGUGCGACGUGCGGUGCAGCGAGCAGAAGCGCAAGAACCUGUGCAGCCGCGCCUGCCUCAAGUGCUGCAGCGUGUGCCUCUGCGUGCCGGCGGGCACGUCCGGCAACAAGGAGACCUGCGGCAGGUGCUACACCGACUGGGCCACGCACGGCAACAGGACCAACAAGUGCCCGUGACCGUGAGCACGCACGACGACGUACCACCCUAGCUUCCAUGCACGAGUGGACACCAAAUUACCAUCCCAUGCUUUUGUACUAUGAAUGUGAUGAUCCAUCGAUCUGCCUGGAUCUAGCUUAGCCUAAUUGAUUAGCUUGCUCCUAGUUGGUGUUAUCCGUUGCGUUCUGCUUUGGUCUGAGGUUUUUUUUAUUUUAUUUUUCCUUCUGUGAGAGAGGGUGUUGACGAGCUGUUAAUACUCUAGCACUAUGUUUUUCUUGUGUACAUCCAUCUGCCCGUGAAAUCGAUCUGGGAUAUCUAUGGCAUAAUGUUUGCUCGAGACACUCUUGCGGUAUCUGUGCCUGUUU